AGAAGAAGAAGUAGUGGUAGUAGAAGAGGAAGAAGAAGAGGUAGUAGUAGUAGCAGUAGUACAACUAAUUGCUUUGUUUUAUCCUUAUACAAUAGGGAAAAAUAAUAUUUAAAUAAGAAUAUACAUAUAUCAUUUUCUAUUGACCAAUCAUAUAAAUCACUAAGAUUAAGCAACACAAAGGGGUUUCAUCAAAACAGUUUUUUUUUAAGAGAAUGAACCAAUUGUUACAUUAAUUACUAUCGUUCUGUUACUGUAGAAACGAAGUUUCUAUUAUUAUUAUUAUUAUUAUUAUUAUUAUUAUUAUUAUGAGCCGUAUCUACUUUGAUAAUUGAAUGUUACUGUACUUUAUUAUAUUAUAAAUAAAUAAUUACAAUUGAGGUAGAUAUUCAUAUAAAUAGAUAGUCAAGAAAACAAUGAAGAAAACCUAUAAUACACUUUACUAAUUUAAUGGGUACAAUCUUAUUUCCAUUUUCUACUCAAAUAUACUAGUUUGUUCAUUCAUUUUAACUGAUACACUAUAUUAUUAAUAUUUAUGAAGAUAGAAGUGAAGAUAAUCAUUGAUUUCAUUACCAUAAUUGUUUUGUGAAUAGUUGUUUAUUAACUGUUAUUAUUAUUAUUUGUCAUUAUUAUUGUUUUUAAUGGUUGAAUUCAUGAGUCGAUUUAAGUUAGAUCACCGUUGAUAACCUGGAAGCAUUGGAUGAACGUUUCGUUCUAGUAUGGGAUUCCUUAGUACAACGCAUCCAAGUUCAUACAUCAAAGAAACAUGAACCCAGAACCUUUGGUUUCGCUCAUAGACGCUUAACCUCUAAGUCAAUGAACCAACAUCCAAUAGUGUUUACAAUCGUAGUCGAGCUUAAGUCGACUCAUGAAUUCAAGCAUUAGAAAAACUACAAUUUCCAUAAACCCCCAUUCUGAUUAUUAUUGUUAUGCUGACUAGUGAAUGGCUUCAAGAUGUAUAUCCUGGAGUUCUAGUGAGAAGUAGUAACCAGUGGAGCUCAACCGGGUUAGUUGUAAGAUGGUAACUCAUUGAUGACAAUGGUGAACGGUGGAGCAACUUCGUGGAUUGGUUGAAGUUAGACUUUAACACCGUUGGGUACCGGCAAAUUCAGUGGUCUAAUGGUUGAGCGCUCCCGCGCGAGACUCACAGGUCCUGGGUUCGAAACCCGCUAGGCGGGGUUGUGGAGGCAAACUGCUGAGGAGUCCCAGAAUAGGACGAAACGACCGUCGAGUUCUACUAGCUUUUCCAUGGCGGUCUAGCUUCAAUUGUUAGUAUUAGUUUGUUUGAUUUGAUUUGUUAAUAAGAAGUUAAUAAGCAAUAGAUAGUUUAAUAAUAGAACAAUACAUCUUUUAUAUUACUGAUGGAAAAUCUUUCAUGUUAAAAUAAAUAGUUUUGCGGAGGUUUGUGGAGGUUGUUGAAUUUGAUAAACUACGGAGUUUAAACUUGUCGUUUUUCGCAUAAUUAAAACUAUUGAUGAUAAGGUAUCUAGAACCAUGCGGUUUAAAUAAACGAAUUAAAAGCUGCUUAAAUAGAUGGGUAUAAAGUAGCAACCAAUUUAUGGUUGAAACAUUGAAUUACACCAAGUGGCCCAACAGGCACUACUUGUAACCUAAAUGUAUGAUCUCAUACCACUGAAGCUGACUAAUUUUAAGUUAUUAAGAUUUUUUUAAAUUGAGUACAUCCUUAAGAAGGGAUAAUGGGAGAUCCUUUUUGUAUUUACCACCGUAUAUAUCUUGCUGAUGACAUUUUUUGAUUUUUUUUUAAAACGAAUGGAAUUAAUACACUUCUGUUAAGACCGAAGUUCAAGAAUUCUUAUUCAUAUUGCUUUGUUUAUUGUAAUCCAUUUUGAAACUAUUUUUACAGGAUUAAAUUCCCUUAUUUCUUAUCUAUCUUACAUAUGAUGUUUCAUUGAUUCUUAGAAUGAAUCGGAAGUCAAACUAAAUAAAUUGAUGAAGCAAAUCACUUUUGAACUCAGUUACUUCAGCUUGAGUUCUGGGUAAGUUGUUUCAGAAAACACUAUAAGAAAUACAGUGGCUAAAAAUGUACGAAUGUUAAGAGAGAUGACUCAUGUUUAAGUAGGUAUAGUUUCCUAUCUGCACCAGACUAGAAAAUUAUAAAUAUAUAUUUAUACUACUGAAAUACAAAAAGUAGGCAAAAACAUAAAACGGAAAUGUAAGUGCAGACUGAUUAACAGAAUCUAUGAAUUAUGUAUUCAUAUAUUUUUUUAUAUGAUAUUUAAACAUAGAAUUUUUUUCAAAUUAAAACAUAUAAAACAGGUUUCUCUAGCUCGACCCAGUUGUGAAUCAAUUAAAGGUGCAAAUUUGUACAUUUGUGGUCUACCAAAAUUUAUGACCGAAUCUGAUUUGGAAAAAUUAUUUCAUCCAUGUGGAAAAAUUAUCACUUCAAGAAUUCUUUUUGAUAAUAAUACUGGUCAAUCUAAAGGUGUUGGAUUUAUACGUUUUGAUCAACGUUAUGAAGCAGAAUUAGCUAUACAACAAUUUAAUGGUUAUCGUAUUGGAUCAAUGACAGAUAGUCCAUUAAUUGUAAAAUUUGCUAAUAUUCCUACAUCAAAUAAAAAUACUUUAACUAAUUCUAUUAAUUCUAUGAUAACAACAACAUCAACAUCUACACAUAAUAAUAAUAAUAAUAAUAAUAAUAAUACUAUGGAUUAUCAAAAUCAAACUAUAACCACUUUAUCCUCUUUAAUAAAUUUAAAUAAAUUAGCUAUGAAAGCUAAUGAAUUACAAUCAAUUAUUACUUCGGAUAUUUUAAGUAAUGAUUCAACUUAUGAUUUAUUAAAUUCUUCAACUACAUCACAAUUAAUAACAGAUUUAAGUAAUGGAAAGAAUACACGUAGAAUAGGUGGACCAAUACAUCCAACUACUGUACACAAAUUACGAUUUAAUCCAUUAGAUGGUUGUGCUAUACCGGUACGUAUUAAUCCAUUCGAUAGUAUAAAUCAUACUUCAAUAAAUAAUUUAACUUCAUCUCCAGCUUCAGCUAAUGGAUUACGUUUAAUGGGAAAAAAUGCUAAUAAUAAUAAUAAUAAUAUUAAUGCUGCAAUCUCUUUAGCUGCAGCAUUAGCAGCAGCUAGAACAGCAACAACAACAACAACGACAACAAAUAAUAAUAAUCAACCAGAUCCUUUACAAACACAAUUAUUAUCACAAUUAAAUGGAAUUCCACAACAAUUACCAGGAGUUAUAGGUUUUACAUUACCAUGGUUAGGAACUAAUCUAGAAACCAAUUUAAAUCAAUUAACCAAUAAUAUUUAUCAAACAAAUAAUUCACUUGGUGAUUAUUUUUCACAAUCGAAUAAUGUUUUAUCAAAUAUAUCAUUGAAUACAAUUCCUUUAUUAACUUGUCCAGAAUAUUAUAAUACACAAAUUGGAUUAAAUAAUAAUAAUAAUAAUAUUAAUAAUAAUGAUACUCAAACAACUAUGAAUUUAAAUGUAGCUAAGCAACAAAAUCUGAAUUUGAUUAAUAGUUUCCAUAAUCCUAAUCAUAAUAAUAACCAUAUUAGUUCAACAAAAUCAUCUAUACCAAUUGUAGACUCAUUAUUUUUUAAUCAAUUCACAUCAAAUUUAGAUAUUCAUUCAGCUACAACUAAAUUAUUAAAUGAUAUUUCAACUCAUGCAGUCAUUACAGGUAAUAUGAAUGGUACUACACCACCAACACCACCACCACCACCACCACCAGCAGCAGCAGCAGCACCACAACCACCAACAGCACUAUCAUCGGCAACAACAAAAACAAUAAUAACACCAACUAAUGAUUUAUUUUCAACAAAUCAUUAUACUCCUAAUUCUAUAUCAUCAUCAACAACAGCAGCAGCAACAACAACAACAACAAUAUUAAAAAUAGAAGGUUUAGCACCUGGAACAGAUGAAUCAAUAAUAUUAAGAUUAUUUUCUGCAUUUCCAAGUGUACUAUCUAUACAAUUAUUACCUAAUAAAGAGUUAAAUAUAAAUGGUGAAAAUAAUCAUACUUUAAUAAUGAAUAAUAUUAAUGAUAAACAAGAAAUGAAAGCAUUAGUAAUUAUGUCAGAUCAUGAACAAGCAAAGUUAGCAAUGCAUUACUUAAAUGGAUGUACAUUACAAAAUCGAAUAUUGAAAGUUUCAAGAAGUGAAAGUAUAAAUCAAACAACUAAUUAUAAUUUGAGUGAAUUUCUACAACCAACUAAUACCAUUUUAUUAUAAACAAGUUUACUAAAAGACAAGAAAAGAAAAAAGAAGAGAAGGAAAUUGAUCAAUCAAAUCAACUGAUCAGUAAUAUAUACACAUAAAUAAGAUCAUUGUAUUAUUCAUAAAUGUUUCAAUAGUAUAUUACUGUUUUACAAGAUUCUAUCAGCAUUUUGAAUCAACAAAAAAAAACCUGAUCUAAAAGGGAUAUUUACAAAUAAAUAUUUAAAUAAUAUUCAUUUGAUAAGAUUUUGUACAAAAAUUGCUUUUAAAAAAUAUAAAUAUAAUCUUUGAACUAGUAUUGUGGUGUGUGUGUGUGUUACUUAUAUCGACAUAAGUAGUAUAUAAUGGUGUCAGGCAUAGAAUGUAUUCCAGUAGAAGGUCGAUGAGGAAAAGAACGGGAACGGAACGCAAUUGGUAUGAAAACGCAUGAACAAUGAAAUCUGAGACAAUGGACUAAUGUUUGCAGCAGGAAGGGUGCUGUUCCGCGGACGCCGUUGAGGGAUUGGAGCUGAGGUGCCGGUUGGGGCUGUCUGGUGCGGAGAGGUGGCGUAUAGCUGAGUGUUCUGGAGGGGCGGCGUUGGCUGUAGCGGGUGCUGUCGACAGAGAGCGGUGGCACGUGCGGCUGUUGGGCGGGCAUCGGAUGUAGAUGGCUCAGCAGGCCAGUGGAGCACGGAUGACAAACGUCCCAGGUGCUGGGUGGGUGUCGGUGCCCCGGCAGGUCGACGGAGCUAUGGGUCAGCGCGCCGCAGACUCGACAUCUUGACGAAGGGCGUAGCACUGACUGCAGAAAGGAAAAAUGUGGCGCGGCGAACACGAACCACCCCAAGAACAACUUUAAAAGGGAGGACGAGUGUGGUGUGUGUUACCUAUGUCGACAUAUGUAAUAUAUGACGCUAGUCAUGAACAGAUUGUCUAGCAGCAGAGAGACAAGAGAAUCGAGCAGUAAAGAAUGGAAACAGAAUACAAUUUGUGUGAAAAUGCAAGAACAAUGAAGUCUGAGUUAUUUUGAGACAAUUGAUAGACAUUUUGCAAAUUAAGCCUUUACUAUAUGAUUGUUAGAUUUUAUUAACAAGUUCUGUAAUUUUGUGUCAAAUACAUUCGAUUGUUCCUCA